AUGAAUGGGCGUGGCAGGAAGACAUCGGAUUACAGCCCACGCCUGUGUUACCUUCGAGGGCACCCCAGGCGGCGUCGCGGCUGCUUCUCAGUCAUAACAGCCGCAGCAACGCCCCCGGAUGGGAGCGGCAGCUGUGGCGGCCACGGUGACGGCAGCUUUGUGACGCCGCCGCCACCGCUGAUGCGGCUGCAGCAGCACCACGCUGCCGCCGCGAACACAAUGCUGCUACAGCUGUUUCUGGUGUGCGACGCGGUGCUGGUGAUGCUGCCGACAGGACAGGGCCUAGGCCUGGCGGGCGCGGGGACGGGGUCUGCGGCCUCGGACAUAAUGGGCCUAGGGGGGGGUGGCGGCGGCGGUGCCCUGGCGGAGGCAACCAACUGGAUGUGCCGCUUGAGGCUGCUGCAGGGUGCGAAACGGGCCUUAUGUCAGAGCCUGGAAGGCGGUGGCGGCGGCCGGCCGGCCAGCCAAUCAUCUCCGACUCGGCCGCCUGUGGCCCCAGCCAUCGGUCCGGGUCCCCACUCUUCGCCGGUUUGUCGGCCCUCCGCCGCCGCCGCCGCCGCCGCUGCUGACGCCACACCGUCGACGUCGGGAACCGACGGGGACUCAGGCGGCGGUUGCGGCGACGAGGUGGAUGUCCUGACCCAGCUGCGGUCGUGGUGCCGUACGUCCCGCCGCCCGCCGGUGCUGUUCUUCGUGUCGCCGCGCCCUUCCCAGUCAGACCCCGUCGCGUGUAUCCCCCCCGGGCCCGCAUGUGACUGCAACCCCGUACUCGGAAACAGAGUGACAGUGAAGCCAGCGAGGCAACGCAGGCACCUGCCGCAGCAGCAGCAGCCGCAACCCGCCGCUGCAGCGCAGACCGACUCAUUUAAGGACGCCAAUUCGUUGCUCCGGAACCUGCUCAAACGCUGCCGACCGGUGCCUCUGUCCAGCACUCCAGAUUCGUCGCAGCUGUGCUUGUUCGAUCCAAAUGCUUUGGUUCUGGACCCGGGACCGCUGGCUCUGGAGCCAGUCGUCGUACAUGCCACGGUUUUGGCGGCGCUUCUGGGGGCCGAGGACGCUUACAGUACGGGCCCGCCGUACGACUCUUCCUCAGGAGCGUUGUACGAUGAGCCGCUCCCCAUCGCCAGCGGCCAACGGCGGGGGAAAGGUAAAGGGCUGCAUCGCCUGAAGGAAUCGCUGGCGGCGGCGCUGGCAGCGGCAGCGGCGGUACGGGAGGAAGAGGGAUCGGAGUCCCUGGCAGCGGGAAUUGGUGGCAGCGGCAGCGGCGGGAACCGUUGCAAUGAAGGCCUGGCUAGCGCGGCAGCCGGCGCAGUAGCACGAAAGCUGUGCAUCGCUUGGCGGGCCACGGGCCGGGAGCUUUGCGAUGCGGCCUUGGGUGCCUGGCGGCAUGCGGACUCUGCGGAGCCCCAUUGCUCCGAGACCACCAGCUGGGUUACCGCCACCACAACCGGAUCCAGCCUGGUUGCCGUACCGGAACCCUUUGACGUACAGGCGGCCAACACUUCUGCGGAACUGGACGACGGGGCACGAGUGGCGACGGCAAUGGCGCUGCUGCCGCAGCCGCCCGCCGCCACCAUUGCGGCUGUCGCUGCCGCAGGCAGCGCUGGGACUGCCUCGCCCACGGCCGGCGGUGGCGGCGGCGGUGGCGGCGCCCGCACGAAGGGCGGCAAGCGCGGCGGCGCCGCCGCUGCAAGCACCUCAGUGGACCAACACGCCAGAGGCGCGGCCGCAGCUCCCGCGCAGCAGCACCAUCAGCAGCACCCGCAACCACUACCGGCUCACAGUCGUCACCUCUUGGUCGCUGUUGGGCAAACCGUUGACGGCAGCACACGCCAGUGCGCGUUGGGCCCGUGGGUCACGGUCACUCGUCUCGGCCCGGCGUCAUCGUACAACGACCGGCGCGGGCUGACCAACCAGCCAGGGCUGAACGGCAGUUACCUGUAUCCCCUCACGCUGCAUCUGGAAGCGGAGUCGGGAUCGGGAUCGGGACCUGGGGGCCUGCAGCGCUCCGGCGGCGACACAGGGCGAGGUGGUGGCGGCGGUCCUCGAGGACCUGGCGGGGUCCCGCGGGUCGCAUCGACGGGCUCUGCUGACGUGCCUGACGCAUCGGCGGCGGUGUCUGCGGGAGGUAGCGACAGCGAAGCCGGUGUCGUACUGGACGAGCAAAGCUUUCCAUCGCUGGCGGAGGCUGCAGCAGCGAUGCAGGGGGGCCGCCAGCAGCAGCAGCAGCCGCAGCUGGGUUUGGGUUCCAGACAGACGGGUCCCAAGCGCGGCGGCGGCGGCGGCGGCAAGCAGCGACCUGGUGGCGGGAAGGUAGGCGGCGCCGGCGCGGCGGCAACUACCGUCAGCAGCGAGAGGGAGAGGUUUGCAAAGGCGUGGCCGUAUCCGCAUGGUAGCGGUGCAGCUACCAGCAAGGCAAGGGCCGGCGUUGCUGCUAACGGGGGAGUUGGCGGCCUGGGAGAUAGCGGCGGCGGUGGUGGUGGCGGUGGCGGCGGUGGCGGCAGCGGCACGGGAGGGCCGCCAGCGCGAGGUCGACGCGGCGGCCGCGGCGGUGCAGGUCCCUCAGGCGCCGCGGACUCGACCUCGUUUCCGGGCCUGUCCAGCGCCAAGGACGUCAGAAGGGUUUACGUGUCGUACGAGUACCAGACGCUGGACGGCCGCCGCUUCUUAGCCACUCCGCAGCAGCUUGCGGCGGCGGCGGCCGGCAGAGCCGCACCGCGCGACGCCCCAUCCAUGCCAACCUCCGCUUCCCCCGCCCCAACCGGGCUGCAAGGUCCCCACCAGCCUGGUCGGAAGGGACCACGGCCGCCUCAAGUGCCAGGUAACGAUGCGGCAGCAGGAGCUGCAGCCGCAGCCCUCGGCGGCAGCGGCGGCGGCGCCGCCAGUUUUCUGCUGCAGAACGACGCUCCGUUGUACCUGCAGCCACCGCCGGGCCUGCAACUGGAUCCGGCAGCCCCGGUGGCGCACGACGGCGCGAUGCCGUGGGAUCCAACACCUCGGCGGCCAAGCGGCUUGGCGCAGCUCCGGCGCAUUUUCGUGGUGACACCGCCGUCAGCCUGCGGUGAACCGCUGCUGGCGACGCGACCCACGGUUCAGUUCCGUGUUCUGCAGCGGCCGCAGCUCCCAGGGGACGCCGCAGCGGCGGCGGGCCUGCUGAUGCUUCAGCGCGAGGCGCCUCGCAGCGCCGCCGCAGCAGCAGAUACGGGUCGCGACGGUGGCAAGGGCGGUAGCGGCAGGGCCUGUGACAUGGAGCAUCCCGGAGCAGAAACGCUGAUGGACCCGGAGGGGCGGCGGGCCAGGAUGGCGAACACAGUCAGCACGAGGACAAGGAAGGAUGAGAAGGAAUUAGAGCAGCAACAUCAGGGCCUCUUAGCCGCGCAGAUGGUUUCGGGGCAGGGUCCAGCAGCUACUGUGGUACAGGUAUCGCUGGCACGACCGGCGCCGCUGCCGCCGGACAGCCUGGUGGUGAUUUCACUGCCGUUUCUAUAUGGGCUGCCGGCGGAAUGGCUGGGUUGGGGCAGGGGGAUGUAUGGGUUUGGCGAAGGUGGCGGUGACCACGGCUGCACUGCUGCAGGUGCUGAUGGGGGCUGGAUAAGCUCUGGGGACGGGAAGGUGGUUGCGCCGCAAGCUGAGGUGUUGGCUGGCAGGGGUACAAGUGCCGGGCCUGACAGUAUGACAACUGCCGCGCAAGGGGGCGCCGGUGUGGCCCAACGCGAGGAGGGAUCAG